AUGUCCUCGCUGAUGACAUCCACUUCCACUGACCCUGCGGGGAUUCCAGUGUCCACAAGCGAAUUGUGCUCUUCCUUAAUCUUUAGCACGAACCCUCGAUUCUCAAGCGGCGAUGUCCAAGAGCGCAUGGCUCGAAAGCGUAAAACGACCGCAAAUACUUGGGCUCACGCCCGUGAGCCCCUCAAUUCGGAGCCAUCUCGUUGCGGUCGCAAAAAUGAGAAGAUUUACUACUGCAUGCAUUGUGUAAGUCCGACUUACUCCACGACCGUUUCAACGACCUUUCGGAAUCAUCUGCUCAAGAUACACGGCAUUGAGCUGGAAGCCCAUGAACAUCCGAUUAAAAAACGGCGUGACCGUCUGAUUCAGGAUGCUUUCGCCAAGGCCGGCGAUAUGCAUGCUGCAAAUUCUUGGCCAGAGCUUCAUGCGCUCAUUUCUGCAGUCAAUCCUGCGGCAGAUGACCUCAUCAGCCUUUCUCACGGCUCCAUACAGAAGCUUGUCUCCAAUUCCUUUCGUGUACACAAAGACAUGUUGCGAAGAAAAUUGCAGUCUACACCAUGGAAACUUCAUCUCUCUGCUGACGUGUGGUCUGCUCCAAAUCACAAAGCUUUCCUUGGGAUAUGCGUCAAAUUUGUAGAUCCGGAUGCAAAGGAAGCGCUGCAGGCACUAUUAGCUUUGUCGGAGUUGCCAGGUCUUGACGGGCCGGGUAGUCACGGUGGUGCCGAACAAUGGAAGCUUCUUCAGCACGUAUGCAUGAAGAGUUGGAUCAAAAGCGGGAUAACACAAGGUUACCCGGUAGAUUUACUUGAAGCGGAAGGUAUUGAGGAUAACAACGUAGAGGGGCUAGAUGAUUCGGCUGGCUGGCAGAGCUCCAACCCAGAUUCGGUUUAG